UGAAAAUGCUCCUAGCAAAAUAAACAAUAUCCAUCAACUAACUGUUUCAUCAAUAGAAUUAUUACACAGUAAGUUCAUCCAACAAGUCUAACUAAUGGCACAUUAUGAGUAUUACAAAAGAGGGGCUAAUUCGGUAUACGAAGAUAUCGAACCUUCUUCCAGCUGGAUAGAAGAUACUCAAAACCAUUAUCUUCUUAUUGAUCUCCCUGGGUUCAAAAGGGAGGAAGUAAAGCUUCAAGUCGAUAUAUUUGGCAAUAUAAUGGUAAAUGGAGAAAGGAAGGUAAGAGAAUAUAAAUCUAUUCGCUUUCAAAAAUCAGUGAAAGCACCUGAAAAGUCGAAAUAUGAGGAUACCAGCGUGAAGCUUGAAGACGGGAUUCUGUAUGUGAUCAUCCCAAAAGAAGUACCAGAAAACAAUGAACACGAUGAGACAGCAAAUGAUAGCUCAGGCCAUGAAGAUAAUCAACAAAAGGAUACAGAGGAAAUAGAAAGUUCAAAUGGUGAUGUUUCAGAGAAAAAAGAAAAUGACAUACAAGGAUUGAGUCAGGACGAUGAAUUCCACGAUGCAAAGAUGGCGAAGAAGAGGCACGAGGUAGGUAUAGUGAUUGCAGGAAAAGAAAUUCUAAGGAAGAACAAAUCAAUUGUAAUUACAGCAGUGCUUGCAUUUUCGUUCGGGGUUUUCAUUUCUAAAAAAUCUAAGUCAAGUAAAAUGAAUCAAGCUUCGUGAUUAGUAUUUCUCAUUCGACGUGCAAUGGACAUAAGAGAACCUACGAAUAAAAGUCUUUUGUUCAAAACUAUCAUCUAGUUUUACACGAUUUUUUAUCAA